GAUCCAGAAAAUUUUCCCUCGCUUUCUCGCGCUUUUUUUCUCGAGGAAAAAAAAGGAGAGGGGGGAGGAGAUGUCGGGCCGCGGGAAGGGAGGCAAGGGGCUGGGCAAGGGCGGCGCGAAGCGGCACAGGAAGGUGCUGCGCGACAACAUCCAGGGCAUCACGAAGCCGGCGAUCCGGCGUCUGGCCCGGCGGGGCGGCGUGAAGCGCAUCAGCGGGCUGAUCUACGAGGAGACCCGCGGGGUGCUGAAGAUCUUCCUGGAGAACGUGAUCCGCGACGCCGUGACCUACACCGAGCACGCCCGCCGGAAGACGGUCACCGCCAUGGACGUCGUGUACGCCCUCAAGAGGCAGGGCCGGACCCUGUACGGCUUCGGCGGCUGAGCGCUCUUUCUUUUUUCCUCGGUGGUUUUUGUUCGUCGUCUUUAGAUGGGGUUGCUUCUGUAAAUCUGUGCGGUCCGGAACUAGGCUGGUGUUGUUGUAGGGCGGUCGGGACGGAGCAAUGCUUGUUCAUGUCCUGGGACUUUGAAAAACCGUUUCGGGUUUAAUCUAAAUGUCUUAUUUGUGUUUU